AUGGGUUAUGGAAUCAGUGUGAUGGCUAUUCGUUUACCUCUUUGUAUGCUUAUUGGAAUAUGUUCCCGUGUUUUGACCGGAAGUGAUGUAAAAUACGUUAUGCACGCGAGUCUGACCGGAUACACUUGUACAAAUAAUCAAGUAUUAUUUGACGUAACGAGUUUGCGAAGUGCAGUGAGUUGUGCCGCUAAAUGCACGGAGACCACUACAUGCUAUGGAGUGUUCCAUAGACGCCAAGACAUGCGUUGUAUAGGAUGUAUGGAAGAAUUUAUUGUUAGUACAGAGACACCAAUGUUGAACGGUACAAGAUACUACAGGCGCCAAACAUACAAGAUAAUUGAUACGAAACUAUCUUGGAAUGAGUCUAAGCAAAGAUGUGGAGAUAUUGGAGGGCAUUUAGCAUACAUUAAAUCUCAAGAGGAACAACUCUUCAUAGAAGCGUACAUAACUCACGAUAUUCGAAAAACUCUGUGGUUAGGUGGUCGAAAUUCAGGAAAUACGGGAGAGUUUUUCUGGCAAGACGGUGAUCCCGUUUCUGAUGGUUUCACAAACUGGAGAGAUGGACAUCCCUUAACGAUAUGCUCGAGUGAACAAUGCAUGAUUCUUUUCUAUGUGAACCAGGAAUGGGUUUGGCAAGAUAUGCCUUGCGGUCCAAGCGGGGUGAAUCGUUACGGCUUAUGUGAGUUUGACUGACAUCAAAAUGAAAUAAUGAAGCUGUUACAUUUAUUCUGAUACUAUAAAGCUAUAGCCUAUUUGAAUUAAGUAUUGUAUGCAUAG